AUGAAUCCAGGAAAUGAUACACAAAUUUCAGAAUUUUUUCUUCUGGGAUUUUCAGAGGGUCCAGAACUGCAGCCCCUCAUAUUUGGGCUUUUCCUCUCCAUGUACCUGAUCACUGUGUUUGGGAACCUGCUCAUCCUCUGGGCCGUCAGCUCUGACUCCCACCUCCACACGCCCAUGUACUUCUUCCUGGCCAACCUGUCCUUUGGUGACAUCUGUGUCACCUCCACCACCGUCCCAAAGAUGCUCUGGAACAUCCAGACACAGAGCAAAGUCAUAACCUAUGAGAACUGCAUCACACAGAUGUAUUUUUUCCUGCUCUUUGCAGGAUUAGACAUCUUUCUUCUGACAGUGAUGGCCUAUGACCACUUUGUGGCCAUCUGUCAUCCCCUACACUACAUGGUCAUCAUGAAUCCCCGGCUCUGUGGACUGCUGGUUCUGGUGUCCUGGAUCAUGUGUGUCCUGAAUUCCUUGUUACAAACCUUAAUGGUGUUGGGGCUGUCCUUCUGUACAACCUUGGAAAUCUCCCACUUUUUCUGUGAACUCAAUCAGAUGAUCCAACUUGCCUGUUCUGACACCUCUAUUAAUAACUUGGUGAUGUAUCUUGCAGCUAUGCUGCUGGGUGGUGCUUCCCUGGCCGGGAUCCUUUACUCUUACUCUAAGAUAGUUUCCUCCAUACAUCCAGACAUGGUUAACCCGAAGGUGGAGGAGACGUGGGUUUUGCAUUUGGAUUCUCAAGCCUGGCUUGAAUGCUUCACUCCUCCCUGCUCUGGGAAUACAGCUUCACUCUCCAUCAUCAACCAACAGGAAGGAAUUCAGACUUCCACCUGGAGACGUUCCUCUCACAGACCCCAUCCAGGUGAGGCUUAG